AAAUACUGAAGUGGAAAUUGGAGUUGGACGUCCUGCCGAAAGCAAAAAGCAAACCGUAUUCCCUUUGAACAGCUUCUGCGACACACAAUUUCAGAGACCGGUUGAGACGAUCGGAAAGGUCGCAAAGCUCAUCGGCGGCGACCUGAUCAAAGUGAGAGGAGAAGAUGAAAAAAUCGCUGUUGCCGUUGCAAGAGACAGGGGGAAGAACCGAGAAGAAAAUAUGCGGGAAGGAAGCUCUGGUGAAGCUCUUGAGGUGGCAUUUCGGGCAUGCCGAUUUUAGAGGCAAGCAAUUGGAGGCCAUUGAAGCUGUCUUGUCAGGAAGAGAUUGCUUUUGUCUCAUGCCAACAGGAGGUGGAAAAUCAAUAUGCUAUCAAAUCCCAGCACUGACAAAGAAAACUGGGAUUGUGCUAGUUAUUUGUCCUCUAAUAGCAUUGAUGGAAAAUCAAGUGGGUGCGUUGAAGGAGAAAGGAAUUGCUGCUGAGUAUCUUUCGUCAACCCAGACUUCAAAUGUCAAAAAUAAGAUCCAUGAAGACCUAGGUUCUGGAAAACCAUCGUUAAGGCUGCUUUAUGUUACCCCAGAACUAAUUGCAACAUCAGGAUUUAUGUCAAAGCUAACAAAGAUCUAUGACAGAGGGCUGUUGAAUCUCGUUGCCAUAGAUGAGGCACAUUGCAUCUCUACAUGGGGCCAUGAUUUCAGGCCUAGCUACCGUAAGCUUUCAUCUUUGAGGAGCCUUCUUCCAGCUGUACCGAUACUGGCUCUGACAGCUACAGCUGUUCCUAAAGUUCAGAAGGAUGUGAUAGAAUCCUUAUGCUUGCAAAACCCACUAGUCCUAAAGUCUUCUUUCAAUCGCCCUAAUAUAUAUUAUGAAGUUCGAUACAAAGAUCUUUUAGAUGAUGCCUACAAUGAUCUCUCUAAUCUACUAAAAUCCAGUGGGGAUGUCUGUGCAAUUGUUUAUUGCCUUGAACGUACAACAUGUGAUGACUUGUCUGGACAUCUUUCGAAAAAUGGAAUUUCUUGUGCUGCUUAUCAUGCAGGAUUGAAUGAUAAAUUGCGGAGCUCUGUCUUAGAAAAUUGGAUUUCAUCUAAGAUACAAGUUGUUGUGGCAACGGUAGCUUUUGGGUAUGGUAUCGAUAGGAAGGAUGUCAGAAUUGUUUGCCAUUUUAAUAUUCCAAAGUCUAUGGAGGCCUUCUAUCAAGAAUCAGGUAGAGCUGGCCGUGAUCAAUUACUCUCCAGAAGUCUGUUGUACUAUGGAAUUGAUGAUCGCAAAAGAAUGGAAUUUAUUCUAAGAAAUGCUGGGAGUAAGAAGUCACAGACCUCAAACAUACAGGGAGGAUUGUCAAAAAAAUCCCUGACUGACUUCCAUCAGAUGGUUGAGUAUUGUGAAGGUUCUGGAUGCCGCAGGAAAAAGAUUCUCGAGAGUUUUGGAGAACAGGUUUCUGCAUCACUGUGUAGAAAAUCAUGUGAUGCCUGCAAACAUCCAAGUCAAGUUGCAAAGUACUUGGAGGAGCUCACAGCCACUUGUGUUGUUCAGCAGAAAGCUAAUUCCUCUCGAAUUUUUAUAAGCAGCACUUUUGAUACGAUUGAUGAAAAAACCUCAUCUGAAUACUGGAAUCGUGAAGAUGAAGAAAGUGGUUCUGAGGAAGAUAUAUCUGAUUCUGAUGAUGGUGCUGAGGCUGUUAAGAGCCUAGCCAUGUCAAAGUUGCCGAAAAAAUCAGGAUUAAAUGAAAAGAUGGAGUUCUUGCAACGUGCAGAAGAAAAUUAUUACAAGAAUAAAUCUUCUGAUAAACAGGUCAAUAAAUCGGACAAGCAUGCUCUAUCUAAUGCACUGAGAGAAGCUAGCAAGCAGAGACUACAAAAUGCUUUAAAGCAGGCUCAGCAGCGUCUUGGAGAGACCAAGCUUGAAGUGGAAACAUCAGCCAUUUUUCUUGAGAACGAGUGUUACAACAAAUAUGGGAAAAGUGGAAAAUCAUUCUAUUAUUCACAAGUGGCGAGCGCAGUGAGGUGGCUAUCAACCACAACCUCAACAGAGUUAGCUAAUCGGCUGAGCACGAAUGCCAGCAUCUCAUCAGAGAAUGUUUCACUGGAAGCUGAACAUCUCACUACUGCUUCAUCUAUGGCAGAACAGGAAUCAACUGGAAACACUCCCGAAGAUCUUCAGUGUAGUAUUGGAUCAGAAACUACUACAUCUGCUUCACCAAUGGAAAAUGCUUCUUCACCAAGUUCAAGAUUGCCUUCAAUUCCAUCCUUUUCAGAAUUUAUUAACAGCAAGAAAGUUAAAGACAAUGAAUCAAAGACAUUACAGAAGAAAUCACCUAAUAGGGUUGAGAAGAAUGUUGAGAAGAAGAUGAGGUUGCUAUAAGUUGGGUUUUCUGCCUAGCGUGCUUAAAAAAAUGUGUACUAGAUAAUCCUAUUCCAUGCCCCUAAAGCAUAUAUUUUCUAGCUUCGAUGGUGGAAAAGCAAAAGAUUGUGGUCGAAACAUAGAAAAAUGAUUUGGUUGUGGAUUUUUGCUUUUGUACUAUUUUAAAUUUGUUUAGUA